AUGUUGGUGAAAUACACCUCUGAAACAAGUGUUGAUAACCCCAGGUUACCUUGUUUGUUCAUCUCAGAAAAAUUACAAAGUCCACAUCCCUGCACAUGCUGCUGCCCCUUUGUCUCUGUGCUGCAGUAUUUGUACGGACUGAACACGCCAGAGAGCAAGCCCGAGGAUCGAGGCUACCUUGUUGGCCUGAGAGAACUGAAUGUCUUUGAUAUCCAGCAGCUGAUCACAGAUACCUUCAACCAUCACAACAAGCUAGCUCAGAAGGAGAGGAAGGAAAAAAAGGCUCGCCAAGAGGCAGAACGGCGUGAAAAGGCAGAGAGAGCUGCUAAACUUGCUAAGGAAACGAAGCAGGAAGCUAAUGAGCCAAGGAUUAAGGAGCUUACAGAUGAGGAAGCGGAAAGGCUGCAGCUAGAAAUCGAUCAGAAAAAAGAGGCACAAGGAGAGAUAAACAGUGUCUCAGUGAAAUCCUCAGAGGAUGACAGUGAAUCUUCAGAGUCCAACAAACAGGAAACAGAUGAAGAGGAGGAAGAUGAGAAGGAUAAAGGAAAACUUAAGCCCAAUUCUGGCAAUGGAGCUGACCUUCCAAAUUACAGAUGGACACAGACCCUUUCAGAACUGGAUCUGGCCAUCCCUUUCAAGGUGAACUUCCGGUUGAAGGGGAAGGAUGUGAUGGUGGACAUCCAGAGACGACGCCUCAAAGUUGGCCUGAAGGGCCAUUCGCCUGUCAUUGAUGGAGAGCUCUUCAAUGAAGUGAAGGUGGAGGAGAGCUCCUGGCUGAUAGAGGAUGGCAAAACAGUCACUCUGCACCUGGAAAAGAUCAACAAGAUGGAAUGGUGGAACAAACUAGUCUCCACAGACCCAGAAAUCAACACCAAGAAAAUUAAUCCAGAGAACUCAAAGCUGUCAGACCUGGACAGUGAGACUCGCAGUAUGGUGGAGAAAAUGAUGUAUGAUCAGCGACAGAAAUCCAUGGGCCUCCCCACGUCUGACGAACAGAAGAAGCAAGACAUUUUGAAAAAGUUCAUGGAACAGCAUCCAGAAAUGGACUUUUCAAAGGCUAAAUUCAACUGAGCCCUCCCCUUCUCCCCCCCUCUUUCAGUCAGCCCAUUGAAUGGGGCAGAAUACAUAUUGCAGGAUAUGUAGGGAUCCCUUACCUUGGGCAAGUAAACACUUCCAGCAUCCCCACCUGAGCUUGCUGUGGAGGCAGCUUCGUGAAGUUGUCCUCUGUUGUCCUGUGUUGAGCAGAACGCAAGGCCACAGAAUUGGCCUGCAGCAGCGCAUCAGUCGGAGCCAUCUGUGGCACUUCCCAUAUGGCAGUUAGGAGAGAAGGAGGGGCUACAGCAGCAAAAAAAAAAAAGAUGUUAGGUCUA